AUGAGCAACCAACCAUGGCUCGACAACCUCUCAGACGACUGGGUGCCUGUCCCAGGAACUCCUACCAGUCCGGUGCCAACGCGGUCCACAAAUCAUUCCCGUCGCACGAGUUUACAGAGCUUACAAGGCCUACCGAGUUCUCCUAGUCGCAUUCCUGUACCCACGCGCCGAUCUAUUGAACCAUCCUCCGCUGAGAAGAAAAAGGUAUCCCGUCCCUGCCAUUUUGUGAGAAGGGAACCGCCGACUCCCAAAACUCCGCGAACCCCCAAGACCCCUUCCAAAUUACGAUCCCCCGCGCCGGAUAAGACGAAGAAAACCCCGAAACCAGAUCUGCCCUCGGCGCGUAGGCAGAAACCGGCCAUGGAUACCAGGUCGCCCCUGCGAUCUGUAUCCAAUGCGUCCACACAAUCCGGUCAACAAAGUACAGUGCAGGUGAAGCCGAAGAAGGGCAAAGCUAAAGAGGGUACGCCCGAAUGGCGGAAAAGGCUGGUCCGGGGCGAGAUACCCGCCGGAGAGCAGCGCGAUUUGUUCGCUCCUAUCGGCUUAGAAGGCGUUUUUAAACCUCCGACACCAGGAUCCGAGAAGACGCAGCAUGAGGCGAUUCCGAAGAUGAAACAACGGGACGACUUGUGGGAUUUCGGUCAUCCCUCAGAUAAGGACCCCAGUACAAGCCCACAGAUGCCAUCGCAGGCGCAGAGCACCGUCGAGUCUGAUGCUCCGAAUGCACCAAAUGAUGAAGAUAGGCUACUAGGGCCUAGUUCUCAGUUGCGAGUGAAUGUGAAUCCUAGCGACAGCCCGGAAGGAUCGCCCAAUGCAACAUUGGAAAUGCCGAAAGAUCUCGGGGAACCUCCUUCAAACAUCAACGACAGCUCGUUUGUUACUCAGGAUGAUACUCAAAUGAGGUCCGCAACUGGGCUAGAGGACCUUCGCAACGAGGGUAUUACACCUAUCACCUUUUCACGAGCCAAUACAGUGGAAGGUAACGCUACGUCAGAAGUCAUACGGUCAGCGUUGAAGCAAGUCACUAGCAAGCUUCAGAAGCUCUCUCUGCCCCCUUAUGAGCGGCCCGAUUCAAGGGCGAGUGAUAGUAUUUUGUUGAAUCAACAGACCGAAUUUACUAUAGAUCUACCCCCGGAAGAAGACAUCUUCGAUGUAACGAGCCACUCACUGCCUCAGGAUCUCUCCAUGGGGACGUUGGAUUAUCGAGGCCGUGGGCCUUUUGGAAACUUACGCCGAGAGCAGUAUCCAAAUGAGAGCUCCUUUCACAAGCAUCAACUCUCUCCACCUACCUUCACUUCCCAGCGGUUAUCGCCUAUUUUUUCCGCCAACUCGAGAAUUCGAAGCUCGCCACCUUUCUAUAAUCGGACAAAUCCCAUACUUGACCCACCUACGCUCCCUAGACCGUCGUCAGCUCAUGUAAAAGCCCCGAUGCUUGAGGAUGAUAAGAGUGAAGUUAUGCCGUCUUCAGGCAGCCCCUUGAAGCUCUUUGGAAAUCAUGAUACUUUCACAAACAACAGGCUUUUACGACGGAUGAGCCAGUUCGAAGAAACAUUUGGCGAUUUAUCAGAAGAAGAUGAACCUGCCUCGCCCUCCGAAGAAGCUCGAAGGAAGGGUGAGAGCCGAAGUUUCCUAAGCGCAAGGCACGAUAUGCUGGGCGAAAAUUCCAUAAGAAGGGUAGAACGGCCGCGAUCACGGAAUACAGCUAAUUCUCGCCUUAGUCGGUUCGGUGAUGGCCAAUUAGAUAACUUCGACUUCGCCGACACGAGUCCUUACGAGCCAAAGUUGCUAAGUAGCGACGCUCCUGAUGGAGAGCUUCGUCCCUUGUCGCGGCGGCGACGGUAUCUGCGACGUCCCUCGCAUAGAGAUUCAAGCCGUCGCUCCGAGCCCAACAGCCAUAACUCGACGGGCAAGUCAUCGAACAUAGACCGUGGAUAUAAUGCGUCAAAGGACCAAGAUCUGAUUGUACCGACCAAUCCCGAGGAAGAGCCAGAGUGGAAUCCCGGCAGUCCUGCAAAAGACCCAAACCCAAAGAGACGCAGAACAUUUCUGCGAUCUCAAAUCAUAGCAGGAGAUGAUCAGGAAGAUGCAGAAAGUUCUAACCAGCCAAUCGAUAAUUUAUCAUUAUUACAAAGGAGCCUUAUGCAACACGGUCUGCGAUAUGAUAGCGAUAGCCUGCUUCGGCCUCAGUCAUCUGAUCGCCCAAGGACGCCAACACCAGGCCAAACAAGAGGUUCCAUAAGAAAAAGAUCUUCACCAAGUAAAAAUGAACCUGAUGUUGUGUACAAUGAUGAGUAUUCCCCGCCGGAGACGAAUGUGCCAAUGGUCAAAGUUACUGGUGUCCAUGAAGAAAUUCGCAAGGGGUCAAUCACAACUCAGGAUUUUCUUAAUGAAGCGACAAAGAUCAUGGACAUUAUCAGGUCAAAAGGCAGGAACGUGGGCGGCCUGUCGAGUGUAGAAGAGUCCGAGGCAGAAGACAAGAACGAAAGUGAAAGUUACGAAGAUGAAUCUACUCGAGAAGAGUUCUCGCGUCCCCCGAGUCGAGAGGGAGUGGACAUGCGGAAAUUGCGAGAGCAAAAGGAGACAAACCCUCGAAUCCUAAGCCACCUCAAGAAAUUUCAAGAGCACGACGACUUGGAGCUUGGGGAUAAUGCCUCAGUUACCUCACUGAGUUUCGACGAUCAACAGGACUCUUCUCAAGUGGACAACGGCGAGCAACAUGUCCUACAAGAUGAUGGAGCUGCCAUAAACCAAGCGUCCGAAAAUAUGCAGCCGGAGGACGACGUAUUUGAGCAGCGCGAACGCAAAUCAUCAGCGCCUACUUCUGGUGAAGAUGACGACUUGCCUGAUCUCUUGACAUUUAACACUCAGAUAUCUGCUAAAAGCCUUAGUGCACGCUCGGUGCCUACCGGGUCUUCACAAAGUUCGCACGCUAAAGGUGUCCUAUCAUCCGACAUAGUUUCUCAUUUGAUCCCAGAACAAGUGAACGGCCUGACCUACGACCGCCACAGGCAUCAGUGGAUAAGAGAAAGGUCUGAAGUUUCUUUUGAAAAACCCAAAGGGGAAGAUAGUGAGGAUGAUCCAUUCAGAGAUAUACCCGACCUUAGUGUUGACGAAUUGCAAGAAAUGAUGAGGAUGCAGAACUCGCCUUCCCCCGAACGGACGGGGGACUCUGUUCUGUCGGAAGACGCCAAUGGCCAGAGUCCGCUGAGUCGGAAGACCGGGUCUCCCAGUUCAGUGGUUCGGCCGGGAACCAAGGAUGGCGAGCCAUCCGUUGCUGCCAGCUCUUUGCAGUCUAAAGCGACCCGCUCCACCUCUAGUAUUCCGCAUUCGGCAACUAGGGUGACCUCAUGGGGCUCUGAACCCCAAGGAAAUGGAGCGUCCUCCAGCGAGGUUGAACACGAGAUCCAGCUUCAUGAGGGUCGCUUAUCGAAGCCACCACGACACCAAAUGGACGGGAAGCAACAAGCUCGAGUGGUCACGAUAAGUUUCUCAUCCCCACUUGUUUCACAAAUCGCAUAUAGCGACAAUGAAAGUCCGUCAAAGCUCCGCAAAGCGCAACUUGCGGGUUCUGGACAAGAGCCUCAAACGGCGGUUAAUGACACACAUACAUCCGAACAAGCCUCCUCUCACCGCGCUAUCUCUACAAUAGACGAGGCAAAUGAAGAGCCAGGUGAUCGCCUAAGUUUAGUCCGACGGGGCAAUGAUGCUGUAUCCACGCCGCUUAAGAGUCAUGCUGAAAAUUCGCUUAUGUGCCUCCGCGAUAUGGACCAUGACACGAACUAUAGCUUCCAUUUAAGCCCUUUGCCUGACUUUACUGUCCACCAAAUUGACCCUUCUCUACAACUAGAGCUUAGCUAUGUGGCUCAGCGCACUCACCCCAGAUCUUUGCGCCAGGCUCAUGGGACAUUUGCUCUGGCAACUGAAGAGUUAGUGAAGCAUAUUACGGAAGCCGAACCUUUUGAGCCUUAUUGGGAACAUGUUCGACGUUUGGUCCUUCGCCACAAGGGCUUGAUCACGCUACAUAAACUUUCCGACUUUUGUCCUCGUCUUGAAGAUCUGGAUGUGUCUAACAACAGUAUUGGACAGUUGAGUGGGGUCCCUCCAACCUUGAGAAGUCUGAGAAUAUCGCAUAACUGCCUCUCUAAUCUAACCGCCUGGGGCCACUUGGUGAACCUGCAAUACCUAGAUGUCUCUGGCAACGAGCUUGAGAGCUUGGAUGGAUUCAGUAGUCUGAUUCACCUGAGAGAACUAAAAGCGGAAGACAACAACAUCCGAAACAUCGAGGGCAUGUUCGAACUGGACGGACUUCUAAGUCUGAAGCUGCGGAACAAUCGCUUGACGACUGUCGAUUUUGAAGACUCGGAGUUGGUUCGCUUGGAAGAGUUAGACCUCAGCCAUAACCAACUGAUGUCCGUGCAAAAUAUCGAGUCUCUUUCAGCAUUGUCAAACCUCGACCUCAGUUUCAAUCAGCUGGCUAGAGUUGCUCCAUCGGCGCCUAUGCCAUACUUAUCAUCCUUACGCCUCUCCAGUAAUCAACUACAUAGUCUGGAUGUUACUGGUUUCCCGUCGCUUACCCUUCUUUACCUCGACCACAACUACUUAUUCACAGUGUCAGGCCUGGAACACUGUGCAGGUUUGGACGUCUUCUCUGCUCGUGAGCAGAUGAAUCCAGACGACCACAAUGGUGGUUUCUUUGACGUGGACCUAGGCUUAGUAAAGGACGUUCGGAAAGUAUUCCUAUCUUGUAAUAAAUUGUCUUUGCAGUGUCUGUCUCCGUCCAACCCCCUUUCAGGCUUGCAACUGCUCGAUGUUGCAUCUUGCAGUAUCCAAAACCUCCCUGCGGACUUUGCUCUCAGUUUUCCAAACGUCAGGGUUCUCAACUUGAAUUUCAACUCCCUGGCCGGCAUCAAUGAACUGGCAGGAUUGAACUGCCUUUCUCGCCUGACCAUUGCCAGCAACUGCAUUGUUCGGUUGAGGAGGCUAUGUCAAGUCUUGAGUCGGAUAGGGAGAACAAACAAGAACAAGGUUUCUACCCUUCAAAAGGUAGAUGUCAGAGGCAACCCACUCACAGUCAGAUUUUAUCCUCCGGCCGUCACUGGAAGCGGGAGAGCCGGAGACGCAAAGGAUUUGAGAGUAGAGGAUGAGUCCAGCCAACAUGAGCAAGCUGGAUUAGAUAUCCAAUCUGUGCUUGCUGAGCUUGGGCACGCUGAGAACUUAAAGCGUUCGCUUAUCGAUGAAAAAGAUGACGACCCUAUCACUGAGAGAGAUAUCGAAAUCAACGACCCAUAUACUCUGCCGCCAGCGGACCCUCAGGCCGACCAGAAAUAUUUAUCCCACUUGGAUGAGCCGACACGGCUCCGACGCAGAGUAUUUGAACUGAUGCUGUAUGCGGGAACAGGCGGCUCCCUCAAAUUUUUGGAUGGAUUGCAGUUGCGUCCCACGCUCGAACCAGGGUCUGACAUGGAUCACGCUUGGAAUAAGCUUGAAAAACUUGGAGUACUGAAAAGAAAAGCUAUUACUGGAUGA